AUGGUCUCUUGCUCCCCAACAAUGUCCACUACGCGUCUUGCAGAGUAUCCCAAGCAUCAGCAAUACGAAACAAUGGGAGGCGCAAAGUACAAACGUCGUCUCACUAUUAACCACGUGGAAGAGCAAACGUUGUCAAUGUCCUUGGACGACGUCCAUGCAACCAGUUACUUGACCGAUUUUGGCCACUCUGAUGCCGAGAUUGUCAAGGCUCAGCACCAUGAACAGCAGCGAAACAAGAGUCUGUCAAGCACUGCCGGUACAUUUGCAGUAUCCGGCAAUUGCGGCGUCCCAGACAGCUAUUCAACCAGUGUAUAUCGAGACUCUAUGUCCGAGGACGGUAAUCGCGUUCCAACAAAGAUGUUCCAUCCAACAACAACGAAUCAACGUACUACGGAUUAUGCCUUCAGUUGUGACGAAGAGACGACAUUAGCUGAGUCGUAUAAUGCCUCCAAUUCGUGUCGGCUCUCCGACGCUAUCUCAACAGCUAUGCGCAACUCAACUUCAAGUUAA